AUGACACACCAUUUUAUCUCUCGCAUCUCUUUUAUCGUAGCUUUGGCUGCUAUGAUCUGUAACAUGGUAUUUGUUGCUCCUAUUGACAAGCGCAGCAUCUCCUCCUGCUACAAGUCGGCUAAACUGACUCAAUAUUGGAUUCCCAAAGAAGGUGAUGCCGACAUGAGUAACAAUGGUCAAAGCGUCACUCUAGAUGGCUCUAAAUCAAAAACUCUCCAAACAAAAGAUGGCAUUACAAUUGCCAAGGUAUCUGAAACUACCUAUGACAAAUUUCAGAUGGAAGGUACUGGCUUGCUUCAAUCUGGAAAGAUGGUCAACUUGGGUGAGAGCACCAGCGUAUUCAUGGAAUUGGAUCGCUCUUCUACUCCAUACGGUAUUGGUCACACAGGUGAGGGCUUAAAUCCUUGGGUCAGUGUUGCUUCCAAUGACAUUGCUACUGGUACCACGUUGUAUGUCAAGGAAAUGGACGGCUUGGUGUUGCCCGGUGGAAAAACUCAUAAUGGUUGCGUCCGUGUUGAUGACCAAGGAUGGGGUUUGGGUAAUUGCCAUAUCGACUUUUUCGUGCUCCAAUUCAGUGCCUACCAAGAGUUGGUCAAAGAGCUCCCCUCUACUGUAACGGUAACUGAAACGUCCUGUACAAUCAAGGAUUAUGUUACCACUGGCGUCAAGAAGUGGGCUGUGCUCUAA